AUGAAACCAAACGCCAAGUCGUAUAGUUUAUUGAAAAAUUGCUCAAACAAUGAAACCAAAGCCAAUAAUGCCCGCCAGCGUUACCCCGGGUCGCCCAUACAGGUGCUCAAAGUGAGUGAUGAGCGCCGGUUUGAACUGGAUUUAGAUGCACUCGAGGCCUUUCUGUUGCGCGACUCGAUCCGUGACAAACCAGUUGUGGUGUCCGGUUGCGGCGCAUCAGACGACUGGCUCGGCUCGACAGACACCUCUAUGAAAGGGUUUGCGUGGAGGGGCGGCGCAAAACUGGUCACCACAGGUAUAUUGAUGUGGUCGGAGCCGUUUGUCAUCAAACUGGAUGAGGGCCAGGAGGUGGCCAUCGUUUUGAUGGACACUCAGGGGGCGUUUGACUCGGAGUACACCGUCAGGGAUUUGGCCACUGUGUUCGCGCUGUCAACUAUGACUUCAUCAAUACAGGUGUUCAAUCUGAUGCACAAUCUCCAGGAGGACAACCUUCAGGUGUUGGAGAUAUUCACCGAAUACGGCCGAUUGGCGCUCGAGGCCACCGGCGAUAUACCCUUCCAGAAGCUAAUGUUUCUCAUCCGGGACUGGAGUUUCCCAUACGAUCACCCGUACGGUCUGACCGGCGGUAAUAUGUUUCUGAACAAAAAGUUUGCCAUUAAGGAGAAUCAGGCGGUAGAGUUGCAGCGACUAAGACAAAAUAUCCGCUCGUAUUUUUCCGAUAUUGGCUGCUAUUUGAUGCCAUAUCCGGGCAGAGAAGUGGCCACUAAUAAGGAUUUCAAUGGCCGAGUGGCCGAUAUUGACUCGGAGUUUGUCGACUGUCUGAAGACGUUUGUGCCGCUGAUGUUAGACUCGAAGAAUGUGGUCGUGAAGGAGAUCGGCGGCCGUCAGGUUACCGGAAAAGAUUUGUUGGAGUACUUCAAAGUGUAUUACAAUGUUCUAAAAAGCGGAUCAAUACCGGAACCUAGUUCACUGCUAGAGGCUACGGCCGAGGCCAACAACCUGGCCGCAGUGGUCACCGCCAAAGAUACAUACCUGGCCUCGAUGGAGGCCAUCUGUGGAAAGGGAGAGAAAUGCAUGAGCCCUACAAAUCUCUUAAAAUUUCAUGAAAAGCUUAGGGCGGAUGCCAUUAAACAGUUUGAUGAGAUCAAAAAGUUUGGCGGCCGUGAGUUUUCUACACCCUAUAGGAAUAAGUUGGUGGCGGAUUUGGAACAAACGUUUGAUACGAUUGAA